CAGCUCUCAGUACCUAGCAACAUGACUUCCGACGCUAAAGACACAGCUGCUAAGUUUUUGAAAAACUAUUUUAGACAAAUAUUGGCAGCAAUUGCAGGGACGCUAUUCGCCGUGUCAGAUGGCAUGACCUAUGGCUGGACAUCGCCUAUGAUCCCUUAUCUCACCGGUCCGCACAGUCACAUACAGACCACCAAACACGAAGCGGAAUGGCUCGAAACCGCCCUUCUAUGCGGCUCCUUUGCCGGAUUACCUCUAACGAUUUACUCCGUAGACAAAUUCGGCAGGAAAAAAUCCCUGCUGUUCGCCUCCGUCGCCAUAUUAAUUGGAUGGACUCUGAUAGCGCUCGGAAAUCAAAUGGCUUAUUUAUUCGCCGGAAGGUUCCUGUGCGGCAUGGCCGGAGACAUGGCCUUCGUGGCCUGCCCAAUGUACAUGGCGGAAAUAUCCGAUCAAAAAAUCCGAGGUCUCCUCUCGGGUAUCAUCUACAUAAUGGUCCACAUCGGCACGUUGCUGGUCUACUGCAUAGGCCCCUUUACGCCCUACUACGUCACGCCGCUCGUCGGCUCCGGCAUGGUGGUCGCGGAACUGGCCGUGUUCUACUUCAUGCCCGAAUCACCGCACUAUCUCCUCGCCAACAACAAAGAAAAACAAGCCAGGAAAGCCUUGGAAUUCUUCAAGCCCUACGCCGACGUCGACGAGCAAGUCAACGAGAUAUCCGCCAUGCUGGAGAAGAGCAGGCAGGACAAAGUCCGGCCGCUGGAUUUGAUAUUAGUGAAGAGCAAUCGGAAAGCCAUCACCAUAAUGGCGGUACUAAACAGCGGCCAACACCUGUGCGCGUACACGGUGAUCCUGAUGAAUUUGCACACGAUCCUCGAAGAGGCCGGUUCGGUUUUCCUCGAUAAAAACCACGCCUCGAUCAUCUUCGCUGGAAUCAUGCUGAUAGCGGCGGGUUUCGCGUCGGUGCGCGUGGAUAAAUACGGUCGCAGGGUGCUGCUGAUGGUGUCCGCGUUGGCCUCCGGCCUGUGCGUGCUCUCCUUAGCCGUGUACUUCCACGUGAAGGCCGUCGGCGUCGACGUGACCUCGGUCAGUUGGAUACCGACGGCGUCGGUGAUGGUGUACGCGUGCUUCUUCAAGCUGGGCGUCGGCAUGGUGCCCAUCAUCGUUACCGCGGAGAUAUUCCCCACCAAUAUGAAAGCCAUAGGCAUGACCAUGGCGGACGCGAUGUUCAUUUUGGGCGGAAUAAUCGCCAUACAGGUCUAUCAGAUACUCACGAGACAGGUGGGUCUGUACGCGCCGUUCUAUUUCUUCGGUGCGUUCGCGUUUUUCGUGGCGUUUUUCACGUACUUUUUCAUACCGGAAACGAAGGGAAGGUCGCUGGAGGAAAUUCAGUGCAUUUUGAAAGGGGAACGCUUGGAAAUGACCAAGAAGGAGCGGGACAAUAAAAUGGAGAAAAUCGAAAUCUGAUUAAAUGUUACACUGGGAUCUCCCGUAAGGUACAAAAAUUUCGUUGGUAAUAUAUCUACUUAAUUGUUAUCAUGUGAUAUUUUAUGUUGAUUUGUAAGACAUACUGGGUGUUUAAAUAAUGAUAUUCUUGGCGAAUUCUUGGAUCGUUCGAAGAAAAUAUUAGUGGAGAAUUUUUUUUCUCAGAAUAAGCCAAGCAUUUACAGCCAAGUUUUAAAACACCCAACACAAGUUAAACUUUUGUUAUCUUUGAAUAUUUUUUUCAAUUAUAUAAAAUACAAAAUUAUCUAUAACAUAAA